CCUGGUCUCCUCUAUGUAUUCGUGCUCUUCAGCAGCCGGGCUGUCGCAUCCUCUUCCUGCACAGAGCUGCAUGGCAACGGGAGGAGGAGGCUACUCGAGAUGAGGGAGGGUACCACGGUCCCACGUGUCCUCCUCACUGCAGACCCAAAGCAUUUCUCUUCGCUUUCCCAUCCCUUCGUUUCCGCAUACCGCAGAUUCGCAUAUACGCACACAUACAACCUCAUCCAUACGCACCCGCGCAGCCUUGCGGAGCUAUGCAUCCGCGGUGCGCACUCACCCGUCAUUUUCUCACUGAUCAAUCUUAACGCCUGUAUUGAUUGUCUCCUCCAUAUAGGUCAGGAUUCAUUUUUUCACAAUACUGAUAUGCAAAUCCAAAUUCUCAAUAGCGUUGUUGGCCGGAGCUGAGAGGGCGAGAGAGAGAGGGAGAGAUGAGAGGACGCGCAUCAUCAGAUGUUUAGCAGAUUCCCUUUCGAGCUUCGCCACCAUUUCUGCUGUGCGUUUUUUGGGUCUUUUUCCUCCCCUCCAUCGGCUGGGUUCGUGACAGCUUGCGGCUCUCGAUGUUGUAAUCCGGGGGAAUAUGUGAAGAUCAUGCUGGCGGUGUGGUGCUUCAUGGUCUUUGCUGCAGUGGGCGAGAGGCUUGCAGUCUCAGGUGUGGACAGGAGCCCAGUGCAGGAUGGAGGCAUGUGGGACUGGUUUACCCCAGCAGGGCAGCCGGACAGCGGGGACACUGUCACUAAGAUCACCUAUCCAAAGCGGCUGGUGCAGCAGAUCAAGUCAGAGGAGGAAAUGGCUCAUGACCACCUGGAUACCAGAGUGAAGAACAGCACUGGGGACAUCUUGCCAGUCCACUUGGCACAGAGCUGUUUCCAAGUGGAAGCCUUUGGACAAACCUUCACUCUGGACCUGGAGCUAAACCAUCACCUCCUGUCUUCAGAAUACGUGGAACGGCACUUUAACCAGGAUGGCAGACCCUCACAGUCUGUGGGAGGGGAGCACUGCUACUAUCAGGGAAGGUUAAGAGGUUUACCAGAGUCCUGGGCAGCUCUCUCCACCUGCCACGGCCUGUGCGGCAUGUUCUCUGACGGCUUCUUCUCUUACGGGAUUGAGCCUGUUCACAAUGGGAGUGAUCAGGAUGAUGGUGCUCACUUAAUCCGCAGGAUGCCUGAUAUCAGACUUUCCUCCCACUGCCCAGACUGUACAGAGGACAGUGAGUGGGAAAGCAGAGGAGAUGACGUAGAUGACAAUAGAUUGGACCAAAUGAGGGAGCAGCAGGUGUCUGGGGGGCUGAGGCGAUCCAAGAGAUUUGUUCGCAAGCCCUCUGUCCAGACUGAGACCAAAUAUAUUGAGUUGAUGGUGGUCAACGACAAUGAAAUGUUUGUACAGCUGCGUCGCUCGAGCAGCCAAACCAAGAACUUUGCCAAAGCCGUGGUCAACAUGGCAGAUGCGAUCUACAAGGAACAGCUGAACACGAGGAUCGUGCUGGUUGCCAUGGAGACCUGGAGCUCUCAAAAUAUGAUACCAGUCGUGGAAGAUCCAUUGAUAACGCUGCAAAACUUCAUGAAAUACAGGAAGGACAACAUCAAAGAGCAGAGUGAUGUCGUCCAUCUUUUCUCAGGACGAACAUUUCACAGUAGCCGCAGCGGGACAGCCUACACAGGAGGAGUGUGCUCUCUAACAAGGGGAGGAGGUAUCAAUGAGUAUGGGAAUGUUGGUGCAAUGGCCAUCACUUUGUGCCAGAGUCUUGGCCAGAACAUUGGCAUGAGGUGGAACAACGCACGCAACUCUGCAGGAGACUGCAGGUGCCCGGAUGCCUGGCUCGGCUGCAUCAUGGAAGACACCGGAUACUAUCUGCCCAGAAAGUUUUCUCGCUGCAGUGUUGAUGAGUACAUCCAGUUCUUGCUCCAGGGGGGUGGAAGCUGCCUCUUCAACAAGCCCAACAAGCUGUUGGACCCUCCAGAGUGUGGGAAUGGCUUCGUGGAGCCAGGGGAAGAGUGUGAUUGUGGAUCCCAGGUGGAGUGUGCCCGUAGCGGAGGAACCUGCUGUAAAAAGUGCACACUGACCCAUGAUGCCAUGUGCAGUAAUGGACUGUGCUGCAGUGGGUGCAAGUAUGAGCGGAGAGGCGUGGUAUGUCGAGACGCUGUAAACGACUGUGAUAUCCCAGAGACCUGCACCGGAGACUCCAGCCAGUGUCCUCAUAAUGUCCACAAGCUGGACGGCUACAUGUGUGAUAACAGUCAGGGCCGCUGUUACAGUGGACGAUGCAGGACUCGUGAUGGACAGUGUAGGGGACUCUGGGGUUAUAACUCAGCAGACAGGUUUUGUUACGAGAAGCUAAAUGCUGAGGGGACAGAGAAAGGCAACUGUGGUCCAGGACCUGAAGGCCAGGGCUGGCUGCAGUGCAACAAGCCGGAUGUUUUAUGUGGCUUCCUCUUCUGUGCCAACGUGACUGUGAAGCCAAAGUUUGGAGACCUGCAGGGUGAGGUCACCAGCUUCACCCUCUACCACCAGAACAAGUACCUGGAUUGCAGAGGUGGCCAUGCUCUGCUGGAGGACGGCUCAGACUUGGGCUAUGUGGAGGACGGCACUCCCUGUGGCCCCAACAUGAUGUGUUUGGAGCGACGCUGCCUCCCUGUGGCGGCAUUCAACCUCAGCAGCUGUUCAGGAUCUAACUUUGGACGCAUCUGUUCCGACCACGGGACCUGCAGUAAUGAGGUGAAGUGUAUCUGUGACAGGGACUACACAGGGAAGGACUGCAGUGUCUUUGAUCCCAUCCCUGAGCCGACAGUCCCGACGGGCCCAGAGAAGAAAGGUCCCAGUGGCACCAAUAUCAUAAUAGGGUCCAUCGCAGGUGCUAUUCUCCUGGCAGCUAUAGUCCUAGGGGGAACAGGAUGGGGAUUUAAGAACAUUCGAAGAGGAAGAUCUGGUGGAGGAUAAGAUGCCUGUCAUGUCUUUCUGUCUCUGUGUCCUGUCUACUCCUGUCUUCCUCCUCACACUGUGUCGUUUCCACAUCGGAGAAGAGGGGAGCAAAAAAAAAAAAAAAAAAAAAAAAAAAGUCUUCCACUCCCGUCCCAAAAUCUCUCCAAACCUUCUUCCGAUUAUUAUUUCCUCCACGCUCCCGUCUGCCCCUUCCGUCUGUCCUCCUGCCUGGCUCCGUCCUCUUCUAGGCCUGCGGAGCUUCUCUCACCAUACCAGCCAGAUCAUACUCGUGUGGCUGCUGCCAGCAAGCCAAUGAGGAUUGUGUCCGGGCCACGCCUAGAGCGAGCAGGUGGCUGUCCCUGUGGGAGCCACCAGGGUCUUCCUCCAGUCCGGUGGCUCUAAGAAUGUGCUUCAGUGUUUGUGCACCUCCUUUUCUCACAUUUUGUGACAGUCUGAUGAAGAACAUAUCAACGGUGGGCCAAUUUAAUAAGAGACACGUCUUUCCAAUGCCUGCCUGCCUGCACAGAAAACUAAACUGGCCACCAAAUGAGUCCACAGUAAAGUGUUGGAUUAGCACAUAUGUAAAAGGAUCUGAAUAGUCACCUUUUUAUUAAAAGGGAGAAGGACCUAAGGCAGAGCCUCUAAGGCCUGGCCUUGAAUCUCAAAGUGGACAAUUUGUGUUUUUAAUAUACAAAGUUUGGCAACAUGGAGAAAACUGAAAAAAAAAAGAUACCAUACAUUGGACUGUUGUUAGCAUGUUUUCCAAAGAAGAAGAAGAACUCUUGAUCACAUGAAGGAAUGGCUCAAAAAAACAAAACAAAAAAAAAACCUUUAGCCAGUGCCCAGACUGAAAACUGACUUUAUGUUCUUUGUUAUUUGUCUUUAACUUUAAGGCAUCUUACCUGCCACCCCCUCUUCACCCCCACCCACACAUUUUCAGGUACAAAAAGGGAAGUUAGGUGUAAUGGUUUUGGGAUCACUUUAAACCACUGAACUUUGAAGCAGCAGAGACCGUAACUUAGUGUUUUCAACCACAGACUGACCAACAUACAUUCCAUGAUAUCUGCCUGUGUGAGUGCUCACUACUUUCAGGCCAAAAGUUUGUACGCAUAGGAGGUUUAAUCUGUAUGUCUGUUCACGAGUGAAUGUAUGAGAUUUUUAAAAGAAAGGAAGAAUGCUUGCGUGUUUACAUUAGUGUUAGGGGCACUUUGUGUCCAUGUACACCUUAACACUCCUCCUAUCACAGGUAGAUAGGCAGGUUUUUACCUCUAGAAUAUCAUCUCUUUCUACAAACUGUUGUGUGCUGCAGCCAUGGUACCAUAAAGGCAGCACAUUAAUAAAGAAUUCAACAGUUUUUAUGUUAUGUAACUACAGAAAAUGAGCACUAGCCAACUGUAUGCACACCUAUUUGUAAAUAUGUGCAAGAUAUAAUGAAUGUUAAAUGCAUUGUAUGAAGAUUUAUUUAAAAGCUAUGUUUAAAAAAAAAAGAGUUGUAUCUGUUUCUGCAAACAUACAGCCGUCAGUCUCUUGACAUGGUCACUACUGUCCACACAUCUUUAAAUGUGGCGUAGCCGCAAGGCUAGCUGUCUCACAUCUCUCCUAUCAUUCCAGCUAUCACUUGAAGUCAUGGAUCUUUUGUACAUUUGUUGAUAGCCCCGAGCUCUGGGCGAACGCCUCAGCCCAGAGGCUCUGUAAUGAUCCCCUGCUGUAAAUGAGAUUAAAGAGAUCUAGUCUGGGGUGUAGAGGCAGCUUGUCUGAAACUGUACGCGUGUAUGAGGUCAGUUUGGUUCAUUUGAGCUUUGCACUAUGGCAGAUGCACUAUUGUUAUUAUGACAAUAUGUACAGAGUUGGUAUCGAGUACAAUCUGUUUGAUUUUGAAGUUUACGGGGGGGAAAAAAGAAAAUAAGAUGCAUCUUAUCCCAUAUUUUUAGACACUAUCUUUUUGAAUUGAGACAAAAAGAAUGAAACAAACUAAAGCUUGUAGUUGAUUUGAAAUGGAAGGAAAAUAAAGUACUAAAACACGAAA